GUACAUAGAACUCCACAAAACCUCAGGCCAGCUAUGUUUUCUGGGUGCCAUGUGUCAUUAUUCAGGGCAGGAGGCAGAGGGAAUGGGAUUCUUUUUUUGCAGGUCCUUGAAAUUCAGUGCCUGCACAUUCCCUGUCACCUUUAAUCUGGUGCUUUUGUUGGGCCUGAUUUUCUACUGCCUUGUGAAGUCACAGGCACCAGUGCAAAAUGUGUGUCAAGCACUGCCAUUCUGAUCUGGUAGUGUGUCGCACUCACUUUGAGCAAGGGCAAAUGUGUUUGCAAAUGCUGGGCCUGGAGAGCCAGGGACACUUUUUGCUUCCACAUUGGCUUUCACUUCUCAAAUAGGGGUGGGAGGAAGCUUCUACAACAGUAACUCUUGCAAUGAGCACAAACCUGCCUUGGUUCUGGCUCUUUCAAUAGCACUUCCUCAAUCUAGUGUGGGAGGAGAAGCACAGGGGAAAGAGAGCCUGACACCGAAACACUAAGCAAGAGCUAGAUUUCUGAGGCCCUGUGGAGAACUCUGAGUAAAGACUGAUUCAAGAAGCAGCAGGGUGUGAUUGUGAACACCCCCAGUCUCCUGUGUUUUCUUUCUGUGGCUCAUUUAUCAGUUAUCCCCAGGCUCCAAAGAGCUGAAGAAAUGUCUGUUCCACAACAGCUACGAGAUAAGAGUGAUUUUGACCAGCUUCCAGAUGAAGUGCCUGUUGCAGCAAACAUUGCAGACAUUGAAGAGAAGAGAGGUUUUUCCAGUUACUAUAUGUUUGUCAUUGAGGUGAAGACAAAAGGAGGGGGCAGGUACCUGAUCUGCCGUCGCUAUCGCCAGUUUUUUGCCCUCCAUGCCAAGCUAGAGGAGAAAUAUGGGGCAGAUAGCAAAAAAGGCAGCCUUAGCUGCACUCUUCCCAUACUGCCAGGAAAAGUUUAUGUUGGAGCAAAAAGGGAGAUUGCAGAGAGCAGGAUCCCCAUUCUCAAUGCCUACAUGAAGAAGCUUCUCAGCCUGCCCAUCUGGGUGGUGUUGGGUGAAGAGGUACGGCUGUUUUUCUACCAGUCAACCUUUGACUGUGAACAGAUGCCUCAGAGGCUGCGAAGACUCCGCCCGCGCACUCGCAGAGUCAAAAGCAUUUUACCACAAGUGCCUACCUUCGACCGCAUGGCUGCCCCACGGGCUGAGGCACUGUUUGAUUUCUCGGCAACCAAUACAUUGGAGCUGAAUUUUAAGAAGGGUGAUUUGAUCUAUCUUCUCAGCAGGAUCAACAAAGACUGGCUGGAGGGAACUGUUUAUGAUGCCACUGGAAUUUUCCCAUGUGCUUUUGUGAAGGUCAUUAAAGACUUACCAGAAGAAGAAAAUACUAUCAAUCGUCUGCGCUGUUAUUACCAUGACAGCAUUGUUAGCAUCAUCAGGAACAUAGCAGUGGAGGAGGAUCUGAGCAGCAUCCCACCGUUCCAAGACCUCAUGGAAUUAAUGAGGCGGGAAUUUGAUCAUGAAGAUAUUGUUCUGAAUUACCAGGACUUUGACGGUGACAUGAUUCGGCUGCUUUCUGACCAGGAUGUUGAACUCAUGGUGUAUCAGAGCAGAAACAGGCCCUCUGAGAAGCAUGUGUUCCCCUGGAAAUUACACAUCACCAACAAGGAUGACUUCAGUGUCUACAACACCAGUCCUGGAAGUGGUGCUGUUCAGGAACCAGGAAUUAAUAUGCCAUGAUUGCCAGGGAGAGGUACCUCACAGAUGGCUGUACCCCUUCCCUUUAUCUAGUCUGUAGAACUUCAUAUUCCCCUCUCUAAAACCAUAUAAAAUAAAAAUGCUCCCCCAGCAGCUCUGUCUGAGGUGAGAUACUGGUGAUUCAGAAACAACAUA